UCGGCAGCGCGUCGCCUGCGGUGUCAUUCUUCCCCGCCGUCCCCCGCCGGUGCGUUCUACCACCCCCUCGAAGUCCCUGCACGCACUCGCCUUUCUCACACGAUCACCGGCGAUCCUCGUUUGCGCAACCUAGUUCAAAACCGAAAGUCAGCAGCCCGCAGCCCGCAUCCCCAGAGAGCUGGGCCGUGCGAACGCAACCGCACACACCAACGCAACCCAGCUGCCUCCAACAUGCUCGCCAGGACACCACUGUUUAUUUUCCUCUGCAUCUACACGGUAUGUGCGGAUGUAGAUAUCAUCACGGAACCGCGACCAGGGGAAGAAUAUGUAUUAGUUAGUUCUGGCCAACAGACACCUUUGCGAAAUUUUGAAACAUCACACAAAAUACCCGAGAAACACCCACACCAUCGGAUUUUAAAACAAGAUGAAAACAAUGAUAAAAUUAUUAAGAAAUUACACAGCGGUAAAAUUAAACAUCCGACGGAAGGUAUCGUAGCCAUUGAAGAGGACAAAAAGGCCUUAUUUAAAAAGGGUCAAAAGAUUAAGGCUUCCGAAUCGAUAGAAGUCGAUAUUCCUGUCUCGAAAUUAGAGGAUAUAAAAAUAAAGGAGAGCGCAAAGAAUGUAGAAACAAAUCCAAACUUGGCAGUCGCUUUAGAAGCAAUGUCUGAAUCCGGUAAACUAAGUAACAAGGCUAGCACGACUACUCAAAAACCAGUUCUAACGACAGAAGCAAUUGGCACUACUAAGGCCUACGACUACAUUCCUAUCAAUUUCGAUACCAUAGACGAUAUUAACAGUGGUUUACUAUCUUCUAACAUUAAACUUGAAACGGCUGGCACCGAACAAAAACAACACUCUAGGAUUCAAAUUAAGAAAGGUCCUAAUGGACAAGAUUAUGAAUACGAAUAUAUUUACUAUUAUUACGACGAAGAAGAAGAUAAUAGUAAGAAAGAACUUAAAGAAAAACCAACAACUACUACUGAAAAGAUACCUGAACCCGUAGUAAACUCGCAUGAUGGGCCAGCAAAAGAAGAAUCUGAAAAUCAAAUAAACAAAGAAAGCAAAAGAAGUAAAUAUAGUACUAUUGAUAGAUCAAGUGCAACUACAGCGGCUACAGUAGAGGUACAAAAUGAAGUUUUACCAGCUGCAACCAGAGGCCGUUCUCGUGGUCGCACAAACUUUGCUACCGUACCAGUAGAGGAAGAAAUUGAAGAUGAAAGGCUUCCAUCCAGUACUCGCUUCCCGCCUCGUGGUCGUAACCUGGGUGGUUCGGCAUCCACUACAACCCAUAUUCCGGAAGCAACGUCGGAAAUCACGAGACAACGAGGUCGCCCACAAAGUGACAGCGUCGCCGACGAAUCGAUUGGACAAACUAGAAGUAGAGCACGUGCCCAUAUCAGACGCCCAAGCUCUGAACUUGUAGAUCUCGAUAGCUUCAAGACUCAUUCAGGAGACAUUCCUUCUCAAUACAAAGAACCUCCAACGAGAUAUUCUUCUGAAAGUAAACCUGAGUCAGAAGUUUCUGAAGAAGAAUCAGUUCCUAGUGAACCUUCACAUGCCAAAGACACUGUCAGAGAGGGACACAGCCUCAGCGGAAAUAUAAGAUUCCAAGAGAUUACAGAUGAAUCGAAAUUACCUACAGAUUAUAAGCAAACUACCACAUAUGAACAGGAUACAACCGAGUACACGACAAUGACCGCAAUGGAGAAGGUUGCCCUCGACCUUUACGCAUAUUUAGCUGGAGAAAACUUGAAUAACGAAAUAAGUUCUACUAAUGAUGUACUAUCAUUCGAUGGAUCGACCACUGUAGGAGAUGAUGGUUGGACAACGGAAGUCAUGAGUACUACAGAAGAGGACACUACUACUAGCACUACUACCACGACUACCACCACUACCACGACAACAACAACCCCAGCCCCAACAACUACAACUACCACAACCGCUGCACCAGCAACUCGCCCAUCGAGGUUUAAGGGUCGUCCAGGAGCUCGUGGCCGCGCCUCCAUCUCGACAAGCCUUGCCACAGAGGCGCCACAGGAAACCUCUACGAGAGCAAGAGGUCGAUUUGGUAAACCAAAUGGUGGAAGAAAAACCACAGCGGCUUCACCUUCUACGGCCGCAGAAACUGCCUCAGCCGCACCCGUAGACAAGCCCGCAGCCCAACCUAAGGCAUUCGGUCGUCGCGGACUGUUCGCGGGCAGGACUCGUCCCAGCUCGACGACUUCUGCACCUGCACAGGACACUGCCAACGCGCCCACUGAAGCAUCAGCGCCUAGACCACGCCUACGUCCCGGUUUGCGCCGAGGAUUGACAACAACCGCCGCUACCACUAUCGCGCCAUCAUCAGCCGCGUCAGCCGCUUCGGGAGAGGAGACAACAGCACCCAGUGCUGGAUCCGGAGAAGUUGCAGAAACAACGGCUGCACCUGUUAGGACUAUUGGCCGCAGACCAGGUCAGAUUAGACCAGUACCAUCACUGCGACCUGGGCCUAGGUUGAACUUGCGACCGAACGCGCGAGCAAGGCCCGGCUUAGUCAGCGCAGCGCCAACGGAAACUUCAGAGACACCCGCAGCUGAAACCUCGGCCGCAGAAGCACCAGUUACUCCCGCCUCUGACUCCGAUAGUGAGGGAUCACCUGCGACUCCAGUUCCUGAACAACCUCGUGGAGGUCUGAAGUUAAGAAACCGCCUACAAGUUUCGCCGUCACCCAAGCCACGUGUUGCCGUCACGCCACCAGCUCGGCGUGUCAACCCAUUAUUGAAGAGAAAGCAGCCGACCACAGAGGCGACAACAGAGGCGAUAAAGAAGUUAUCAACGGAGACAACAGAAGAGAGUACGAGUGAGGAGAAAGAUGAGACGGAAACCGAGGCACAGCCGGCGGAGACAACACCAGCGCCCCCACUGCGCGGUCUCGAUGCUCUGAUUGCCCGCCGCAGAGCCGCCGGCAUCGGCCGAGUGGCCAGGCCCGCCAGAGGAACGCGCCAACAAAAUUAAAUUGUUCAUAAUGUGGAUCUCUUGAUACGUACGACACAGUCUUUAUCGUAUAUUAAAGCAACAAAUCAAUUAAUCCUAGGAAGUAUACAGUUUCUAUCUACAUAUUAUUUCCUACUAUAACACCACCAAUUUGAUGGAUAUUAUUUUUACAGCAGUUCAAUCAAUAAACAUAUUUUAAUAUUAUAUACUUAUAAUGGUAUUAAACCGUCGCUUGAAGAUAUAGUUAUAUACCCUGUGUCGUAUGUUCAAGAAGUUUCUACACAUUUUUUUUAAAUGUUGGUUUAAUGACAUGCUUUUAAAGCACUGGUAAAGCAAACAAUAACUGUAUUUACAAAAUCAAAAAUUAAUUACAACUAUUUGUUUGAUUAAAAAAAAACAUGUGACUAUUACGUUCUGAUUUGUAAAAAAACAUUAAAAUUGUUUUUGCAUUGUCAGUGCCAAAAAAUAAUAUGUAGCAAAGACGUGUCAUUUUACUUUAGUCAAUUCACUCCCCCAAACUGUUUAGAGUUUAGUAUAACUUUAUAAUAUAAUUUUCAAUAAUAUCUCCAGUUAUUGUAAUGUACCAAUAUUUGUAUGUAAUUAUUUAGGUUUAUGUAUUAGUUGUCUAACAUUUACAUAUCUUAUGUUUCCAAGAUUCCAUUAUUGAAUCACAAUAGCCUUUUUUAUGUAAGGAUAUUUCUUAGCGUUUAUUUUAUGAGUUAUGUACAUAUUAGAAUUAAUGAUUGUUAUUGCACGCGUUAGGCCACGGGUGGCGAUCAAAUGGCGACACUUUAUUUCCAAAUGAAUUGCCAAUAUCACAAUUCCAUUUGUCUCAAAGUGGUCUUGUACGCCAAAGCAAUCAAAUUAUUACGAUUACAUUACCUAUAAAAUGUAUGUAUGUAUAAGUGCAACCAACGAUAUACCCAUUAUGUAUAAGCUAUACAUUAUAUAAUACAUAUAUCUAAUUUUAUGUUAUUAGAAUAUUUACUGUUUUAUAAAACAGAACAGCUUCAAUUUAAUCUUCAAUAUUUUUAAAUUUUGAUAUCAAUCAAUUUUAUUUUUUUAAUUUGAAAACUUACAUUUCUUACAAUGGAACAAAGAUUUUUAGAUCAAUUUAGAAUUAUAGGUCACGUUAGUUUACAAUUUUGGAAUUAAAUGAAAAAAAAUAUAUCAAAAUUUAUCCUAAUUUAUUACAGUUAAGUCAUGAACCUUUCUUAGGGUUUAAGCUAAGAAAUCAAUUAUCAAUAGUUACGAAAUUUUAUCAUCAAUUUAUUAUUUUGUAUCCUGAAGCACUGAUAGUUAGUGCCAUCGUGAUAUAUUUUGUAUCUUUCGUAAGUGUGAUAAUAAAUUUAAUAUUAAGAAAAUAACGUACACAA